ACUCGCAGGUUACACGUCGCGCGCGGUACUUUCGUUGUGCACACCAAGGCUCGGCAGCACGAAGAACCUUGUCAAACGGUCUCGCGGGUUCAAAUGGAUUCGAUCGGUUGCUGAUUGCCGACCGAAGACAUUCUCGUUCCUUAGUGUCAUCGUCCUGAAGAAAUGGACGCCGAUGAACAAGGACCCGGUCGGCAAAGCGAACGUUCGGGCAGGAUACCAAUUCAUCUCCUCCUAUCAACUCCCGAGACGGUCGCCCAACAGCAGCAGCAGCAGCAGCAGCAGCGACAGCAGCAGCCAGACUAUUCCCGGCCGGCGGGCAGCAGCAGCAACAGCGGGGCGCCAGGACGUAAGGAGUCGUUCGCGGUGACGGGCGGGCCGCCAAGUGCGGAUGGGUUCGCGUCUUCAUCAUCGCCGUGUUUCUCCCCGAGUGCAUCUGCGUCGGGCCCGUUGCAGGCAUCUGAAAAUUCCUACGUGCGGGUGCAGCCCUCGGAGUAUACUCCUCCUCUGCAGCCACAGCACGUGCCAUUCUCGAGCUACCGCGUCGAUGCAGCGGGCGCGAGUCCGCCGUGGUCGCCGUCCGAUCCCAUGACGAGGAAGCCUCGUGCCCCACGACCUUCUUACAGCGAGGAGCAGAAGUUCUUCAUCAUGUACGCGCGCAUCAUGCGAGACCUCAGCUGGCCGGAGAUCGAAGACCGCUUCGCCGACACGUUUGGUCAGCGGUCCAAAGGUGGUUUGACGUCUGUCUACUAUCGAGUCAGACGCGACUGGGGCCUUGCUGAAGUCCUCAAGAGUGGGCCAGGCACCUUCGCAGCCGACUGCAGAGAAGUCGAACUACGCGCGCGAAAUUUCUCCAAGGAGUUCCUCGUCCAAAUCGGCUACAUUCCCGCAGGCUGA